AGGAGCGCUCCGUGUUGAUGAUCUUCGAACCCCGUAAACAAAUAACAAGAAGCAGAGCAAGAGAGAAAGACACCUAGACAUGUCGUCACAAUCACUACGAUCGAUACUCAGCUUGCCCUCGGAACCUGGUAAAGCAGGACUAUCACAUGCGAGACGACGACCACCUCGACAUGAUCAAACGAACGAUGACCGAGUUCACCUUGAAAAGAUAGAGCGACGUCCGGGAUCAUGAACAACAACGUGUCUUCAAUCAACAGCGGCACUUGGCUUCCUCUCAAAGAUGCCGUCCGUGGCAGGGUAGUACGAAACUUGAUCACCACCGAAGCAACCAGGAGCAUCAACCCAUACUUGGUAGACUUGUGGUACGGAAGCGAGGUCUUUGCGGUAGAGGUCCUUCGAGUUGCAUCGAGCAAUGGUCUUGCCCAGGAAACUUGGCUGAGAGGCUACGUCGUGGGCAACCCUUCAAUUCGUUUUGAGCAAAUCAAAAAGAUCGACCCAUCCUCCUCGAAACCCGAACCAUCCGUUCAGACCGGCGUAUUUCCUGCUGGUCAUGUACAAUGGGAUCAUCAACCUGACAAUCCGGGUGGUCCAACAUUUGGACCCUGCGAUACCCAAACCCACUCCCGAGGUACAGUCGAACUUCCCGUCCUGGAAUCUCUCUCCAUCGCGAGGUCGUCGUCGGGAACAGACACUAUCAUAUCUUGCAUCCAAGAUUCCAUCCAAGACUGGUCCAACCGACUGCCCGUCUACCUGGCAAUUCGGCAAUACAAGCUCUUUGAUGGCGUGACAAAGGAGAUUCAGUUGUUGGCUUCCUACCGGCUUCAACUUGACUCGGGGAUCCUCACGAAAAAACAGGAUAAUCGGGUACGGGUCGAGGUGUUGAAAACCUUGAGCAGGGGGAACGCGCUGCAAGGACUGGAUCUGGUGGUCAGGCAUCCCGGGACGGGGGAACAGCCUGUAGUCAACGAGGGUAAUCAAGGAGAAUGGAUCGUCACUCCGCUCCGAUUGUACCUGGCUCAACUCGCUACGGCCUCUCUGAAUGCGCCAAAGAUCUCUCCAGAGGAAACGAGGCUGUCCAACCUCUACCUGACGCAUCAAGGAAAAGGGAUCCCGGCCCUCCAGGAUGUAAGGUCAGCCAUCCGGAACCCAUCAAAUCCGGCCGAGGCUUCGAAAUAUCUAGUAGCCGAAGUCAAGGCUAUCAUCAUCCGCACGGACCCCGGAGAAUCCUUAGAGCUCUACCUGUCCAUCUACGAUAAUACGCCGACGAAGAAGGCGUUCAUCACAGAGGAAUUCCUUUCCCAAGCCAUCAAGGGGGGGCAUAUCACAGAAAAGUCCAGUGUGGCCUUUGAAAUAGGUGGUAACAAUGGUACCAUCACCUCGCUGUACCUGGUGGUCAAGGUCGUCAGGGUCGUGAUUGGGGGCAUGGACGGGUCGUACCGUCGGUACCCGUUUGGGGUGUCCGUGACCCCGUUGUCGGGCCUGUUGGAUACUUCAAGCGAAAAGGUCUUGCAGGUGGAGCCUUGGGUGAAAGGGUCGGUGUUUUCGAGCAUGCACGAGGAGCUGGUAGAGAGGAAGAAUACCGCUAGUGCUAGCAAGCACAGAAUCGUCGUCGGCAUGCAAAUGAGCCCGACCAACCGAAUCGUCCGUAAUGCAGCGCUAUGCCGAUCUCUUAGCGGAUCGAGCCCGGUACAGGGCGUAGCUGACGCCGACGUAUACAUCAAGCUCUGGUCGGCCGUCUUGCCCGAUCCGAUCCCCGACGAGGUGUACGUCAAGAUGACCCUCUAUUCGACGGACCAGCAUCGGCUUGUGGAUUGCAUCUUUCCUGGGGGUUCUGGAUCUGGCAUGUCCAGCGAGGGGGCGUUGGAGUACAAGUCGGUGGUCUGGCAAAAGACGCCUUCGACCUCGACGCCCGUAUUUGGCGAUCUCGUCCGCUUUCGGAUUUCUCGUCAGCAUCUGCAGAGCGGCUACGUGCAGUUCUCGAUCAUGGCUGCGGACCGGGCGGCAGAAACGAACGCCCCUCAAGGGUCGAACGAAUGGGUAGCUUUCAGUGUGGAGAUGCCCCUAGCGAGCAAUCCCGGUAGCGAGCUUUGGGUGCAGGAUGGGGAACAUACCCUCGUCUCCCCAAACCCCGCUUGCGCCCUGACGGUACGUGCUCUGUCUUUGGUGCCUUUUGGUUUCAAAGACGUCAAUAUUGCGUAUGCCUUGACACAACCGCCGGGUGAUAUCUCGGUUGAUCGGAUCUCGUUGCUACGGUAUGCACCUGUGGACGAACUCAAGAGGCAUGCUGGGAAGCUGCUGGACUAUCUUUUCUCUGCCAUGCUAGCGGAUACUACGAACUUUCCGCUACACGCUGCGGUCCUGGACGUCUUGGCUACCUUUCUUGAGGAGGAGGAGUUGCAGGCUUCCUGUGCGGUCUGCACCCUAGAGCCAGGCGCAAAACGACAAGCGGUUCAAUUGCUGUUGGAGGCUGUCAGCUUGGCUUUGAGCGAUCGGUCUAGAAGGAACAGCACCAUCAAGUGUCUGAGCAUGGUGUGCAGGCUCAUUCGGUUGAUGCUCGAUGCGUCUUUCGAUGGGCAAGAGGCAAUCGAGGAGACCCUUUCGGCGAUAAGGAGCCAGCUCGUGACCAUAGCUUCGAGCAAGGACGAUCAUGUGGGACAGACAUUGGCACUGAGGCACUGGCCCUUUGCUACAUUUGGGGAUCCUGAAGACAUCAUCAAGUUGAUGGACAAUAUCCGACCCAAUACCGUUAGCGAACAUAAGAGCAAGAUGCGGUUCGUCAUCCAGGUCUUGGAAGAGCUAGCACUGGACGAAUCACUCGUGGCGGCCCUUUGGCGGAACAUUAAGAAUUCGCUUAGCAAGGCCGAUGAUCAGGCUCUAGAUGUGAUUCAUCUUGCGACCAGUGCCUGCGGGCGGAUCAUCGACGCUUCAUGCAGAGUUGAUAUCCAGCUGGACGAUGUGCUAGAAUAUAUCGGAGCAGAUGUGCUUCAGGUUCUGCUCAAGAGUCACAGCAAGGUGGCAAAUGGUCUUGAUGGUCUCAACGGCAAUGGAUCGUCCAACAUUAUACAUGCUCUGCCUUCACAGAGUAUCCAAACGACUUGUCCAGCCGGCGCGGAAAUCGUUAUCAGGGAUAUUCGGGCAUGUAUCGUCUGUGUCGUCAGUCGCCUCUCGCCUGGACUCGGACAGUUGCUCAGGGACCUGGACGGAGGUGUCUUGGCGGAUUUGCAGGAUCUGACCUGGGCAUUUCUACACUCAGUUGCCAGGCUGGCCACCAGUCGCUCGACAAUGGCCUCUUACGCAGCCUUCGAGGCUAGGAUGUGGUUACGCCUGUGUCGAGCCAUGUGUGAGACAGUCGUGUCAGGCCACGUUGCAUCGCAUGAGCAUCUUGCAACAGUAGUGGCUCUGGUCAGACAUUCUCAGCCCCAAUCGAGCGCGAACGGAGGCUUUGAUAGCGAUGACGAUGCGAUUCAUUGUCUAAGGAUCUUGUGUCGCUUGGCGGCAGGGCCCGAGUCGUUCUCGAAGAUUGUGGAUCUGGCACUCGAUGCUGGGUCGGCCAAGAUACGUAACGUAUGCCACGAGGUCCUCUUCACCAUUAGUGCCGGUGCGCCAAACGUUGUGAGCCAUGUUCUGGUUGGGACGCGCGAAGCGAAUACUCAUCUGCAAACCCCGUUACUUGUUCCAGGAGAUUGAAGCUUUCCUAUUUUUACUGGUCCAUGCAGUAAGCGCUUUU